AUGUCAUAUUGGACAAUUUGUGUAAUUUUGUGCUUGUGGCUUUAUUGGCUGUGGACACGCCGGAAGUAUUACGCUUUGAUGUUCAAAAUACCGGGACCGAUAGGAUAUCCUCUUUUGGGAAAGGCUCUACAUCUGACUGGCAAAAAUGAUCCUUUGGACGUGAUACACACACACAGCGAAUUAUUUGGUCCAUUGAUGUAUACAUGGCUGGUUACCUACCCGGUUUUGGUUGUAACCGAACCGGAUAUUAUUCGUGAUAUAUUGACGUCACCGUAUUGUACAAAUAAAGGUGUACUGUACAAACCGAUUAACAAAGGAGUUGGGAUAGGUCUAUUUUCUUCCGAAGAUCCCGAAUGGAGUGUUCAUAGGAAAUAUUUAAAUCCGGCAUUUGGUCAUAAAAUAUUACUGAGUUUUAUGCCAAUCUUUAAUCAGGAGGUGAAUAAGGUUUUAAAACUAUUCAAAGAACUCAACGAAUGUUUGGAUGUGAUUACUUUGUUGCAAGAUUUCACCUUGAAUGUGGCUAUAAGAACGACCAUGGGAGUUAAUGGAGCCGACGAGGUUGGAAAUGGACCCAAUACUGAUCUAAUAAAAAGUUAUCAGUGUGUUGUUGAAAAUAUGACUGAAAUGGUGUUUUCGCCAUGGUUGACUAAUAAUUUUAUUCGGAGGGUGUUUGGAGUCUACGAACCAUUCAACUCAUGCAAAGCAGACAAUCGCAAGUUUAUUAGAACGCUUAUAAGCAACAAAUUAAAUGUAGAUGCUGACACUAAUCUGACGCGAGGAGAAUCUAAAAAUAUGAAUAUCUUCAUAGAUCAAGCCAUAGAACUUAUGAAAAAGAAUAUUUUCACAGUGCAGCAUGUGGAAGAUGAAUCGAAUACAAUCGUAUUAGGGGCUUUCGAGACCACGGCUAAUACAAUCGGAUAUGUUCUUAUUUUGCUUGCAAUGUUCCCGGAAUAUCAACAAAAAGUCUAUGAGGAACUAUUGUCCAUAUUUCCAGAUGGUGGAGAUUUUGACGUGACCUAUGCAAAUACUCAAGAUAUGAUCUAUAUGGAUAUGAUUAUCAAUGAAUCUAUGCGUGUACUGACACCAGUGCCAUUAGUAGCACGUGAGAAUUCACAAGAUGUCAAGCUCUCCAAUGGAAUAGUUAUACCAGCGGGAGUUCAAUUUGUUCUUAACAUUUUCACCAUGCACAGACGUAAGGACUUGUGGGGUCCUAGAGCUGAUAUGUUUGAUCCCGAUCAUUUUCUGCCUUGUAACAUGGAAGACAAACAUCCGUAUGCGUUUAUUCCGUUCACAAAGGGAAUACGGAACUGUAUAGGUUGGAGAUAUGGUCUCAUGUCAACGAAGGUAGCCUUGGCAAAGUUAUUAAGGAAUUUCACAUUUUCAACGGAUUUCCAGUACAAAGAUUUGGAAUUUUAUAACUCAAUUGUGCUGAAGCUAAAGCAUACUCCCGUUUUGAGAAUUGCAAGGAGAUAA